UUAAAAUAAUUAUAUUUAUUUACGUGUUAAUGUUUUUAGUGGUUUGCCAUAUUUAUAAUAUAGUCACCUCUGAAAAUUUGACGAUAUAGUGAUUUGCCACAAUACUUAUAAUGAGAGCCACACAUGCUCAAUUUUCGUGUUUGACCAAAAUUGCCCUUGGAGCAAUGGUACCCCUUGGAGCAGAAGCCAACCUCAUUCUAUUUCAAGCUGAUAUAUACAAUGACAACGAGUUUGAACCUGCAAUUGAUGGCUGUGAAUCUGUUUUUCACGUCGCUACUCCUAUCCACCAUGGCCUCGAAAGCUCUCAGUACAAAGACAGAGCUGAAGCAAGUGCCGGAGCGAAAAGCAUUGUUGAUACUCGCAUCAGAUGGAAAACUGUUAAGCGUCUCAUCUACACAGCAACAGUUUUGGCAGCUUCUCCAUUGAAUGAAGCUGGGAAUGGCUUCAAUACUUGCAUGGAUGAAUGCUGCUGGACAGCUUUGCAUCUCUUUUUUUCUCAUGGCAACGACUACGUAAUGGUAUUUUUUUUUUCUUCUCUUCUAGUUCUUACUUCUCAGUCUUCGUGGCUUCUUUUUGCUUAAAUCCAACUACU